AUGCCUAUCCCUUCCAUAGCCGAGGACGAGCUCCUGCACGUCGUGGGUCAGCUCUUGUUUAUCAAGAAUGAACAUCCGGACGCUAUCUCGAAGCCUGCAGCUCUUGCCCUGCUCAAGAAAUCUCUCGCGCGCGGACGCUUGUUUCGAAGCUUCGACCAAGGCCCGCCGCAGCGCCUACACGGCCAACCGCCCUUGAAGCUUGGUGCUGAAGCCACUGCAAAUGCGCGGUGUAGACUCAAGCUUUACUCGCUCCUCUGCACCUCGGUCGCCAACCUCGGGCUCUCUAAGUACCCCUCGCAUCUCUGGGACUCCCUCUACUCCGCCGUGCCCGUGGCAUUGGAGUGGAUAUACUUCCUGCACCCUAUGAACAACAACAUUCGGAAGAUCGAGGACCCAGAGUAUAACACCGACGUGGCUUCGGUCUUCUUGAACCUUCUCGAUGGCAUCGUGCGGCCGCGUAUCAUGAAGUUGUCGGACAAGGGGCUGGCGGACUGGUUCAAGGCUACGCACCUCGAUGUGCUCAUCGUCGACUAUUUCGUCAACCUCCACCGAUACAUCCCGGACCCCAGCCGAGAGACGGUGGACGACACGCUUUGCUGGAUGUUCCUCCUCUGCUCGAAAGCAGCGCCCAACGGGGAACUUGCCUUCGAUGUGCCACCGCGCGUGCAAGAGAUCGUGGAAAGCUCCGGCUACAGCUCUCGUCGCAUCCAUCGGGCAAUCUUCUGGUUUAUGAAGCUGGUUCGCGAACAAAACUGGGACUAUGAGGAGUCCGCGCACAGGCUGUUCUUCCUCGCCUACACCCUCGUUUCUGAGAUCCCUGCCCUGCUGCCGGUGUCGGAUGUCGUCGUCGCAAACGCCAUCGCCGAGAUAAAGCACGCUGCUGACUCCAAGGCCUAUAUUGUGGCCGAAGGCGGGUUCAAGUUCAUGUACCAGUUAUGGGAUUAUGCAUCGAGCUAUCGCGUCUUCGAAGCGUCAAUCUCGGGCGGAGUCUUCGAUCUCCUCGUGCAUCUGGCGAAGCAUCUUCCGGUGAUACCGCGCACAGAUGGCCUACGCCUGCUCGUGCGCGGAUUUCUGCAGAUACUAUCCCAGAGCUUCAUGUAUUGGAGACCGCUGUCAGCAUUUCAUCUCAAGCAUGGUCCUGCCAUCGUGGAAACCGCGGCUGAACUCAACGCUUUGGGCCCCCAUUUCGUCGAGUUCAUUACCACCUACCAAGAGCGGUCUAUAUUCCUCGAAGAGACAAGAGCGAAGCGUCUGCAAUCGCGCAAUCACUGUGCGGCUUGCUGUGUGGAUAAGGGUGGUGAAGGAAAAUGCUGCCAAAGCCCAGAGGCGAUCAAGCUCCUGCGGUGCGAGCAAUGCCAUGAUGUGUCUUAUUGCUCAGUAGAGUGUCAAAAGUCCCAUUGGCGCGAUACCCACCGAAUUGAUUGCGAGCCUUUAACAGGCUGGUGUACUGCCCGCGACAAGAGCUUGAUCAUCCUGACCGUCGGUAUCAAUGCUUCGCCUACCUCUUCUUCGAAGCGCCACGGGCUCGGCUCAUCACCCAACUCGUCCGGGAAUGCGAACCCGAAGAACCUUGUACGUUUACCGUCUGGGGAGUCCUGGAUCAAGGGCAGGAAAAGAGUGCAGUAA